AUGAUGGGGACCUUAUCGCGUGAGGACCUGAACGACCUUUUCCCGGGCCCAGAAAACUUCAUACGGAGAAAAGCAGUCUGGCAAGUGUGUCAAAGUCAUAGUGUUUUUGAUGAGGGUUCCCUGCAAGAGGCUUUCAACCUAACGGACAGUUGUACAAAGAAUCAUUCUCAACCAAAGGCAUCCACACCCGAGAAAGCAGCAUCUUUUAACUACAGAUCUCCUGCAAAAGUGGUGAAAUUGCUUAGUCCCGACUAUGUAUUGUAUGUUGAUACGGACGUUGCCAAAGAACGCAAAAAGUACUUUGAGUUAGCCAAAAUUGGAAAAGAGGGCGACUUCAAAAUGAACAGGGAUCUCAGGUGCCGUCUUAUCCGGAACACAAUGACAAGUAUGAUCGCAAUCCUGAGGGCAACAGGAUGUGAAGAGUCUAAAAAAUACCCGGACAAACCAGAAAUUAUUCUGAUGGCUAAACGAAUGGUACAAUAUUAUCCCAUGUUAGAAGACCGUGAUGCAAGAUCUCCUUGGACCACUGUGUACAAACAGCUCUACAAAAGAUUGCAGAACAUGAGGUCCCCCCAAAAAAGCACUCCAGGAAAACCUAGAAAUGCUCCAGAAAAACCCUCAACAAUUUCCUGCCCAAGAGAGCCAGUGGAGAUAGAUCCUGGCGAAUCCACUAUUAUGGAGGGUGUAGGUCCUGAGCCGCUGCGACUGAGCCGUGCCACCACUUUUGUUGAGCAGCAUGUUUUUGGAGAUAAUUUACCAGAAGAUAAUGGUACAGCUGUCAGGAACCUUGAUACAGACCUCAACACCCCAGAAGACUCCAACAGUCCCCCCACUAGCAGCCCAGCAGUUUUGGCAAAACACUACAAGACCUUGCAAACUUUGUUUCAGAAAAAAAAUCCAAACCCAGAAACCAUCUCUCACCUCCUGGAUUUAGAGUUCACCGCCAGACGAGCUUUUAUGGACUCUAAUACAGUUCCAGAGGAGAGCAGGCACAUUGUAAUUCUGGAUGCUUAUCCUUGUUUUAAGAACAUUGAACAUGUGAUGGAUGAGCUUCGUCGCAUUUUGGACAGUAACAACAGCAGAUACCUUUCGGAAACAAGAGCAAGAUGGCGUGACUUCUGCCAAAAGGUGCAGUUCCUGGGUGUGUGGAAGAAGAUUCUUAAGCCUCCAAUGGGAAUGGAUGAAGUUCAUCAGGCUGUCGAGGUCCUACGCAUCCUGCCAUCCCUUUUUCCCUCUGCAUCUGCACCUCCAAAGAAGUUGAAGGAUGCCAGCGAAGCUUUACUUCACGUGCUUCAGGACAAAGAAGACCCCAACACCUACUUGAAGAAGCGUCCUUUGUCCAGCCCUGUCCUGUUGUUGAGCCCUUCUAACUGUCUGGUAGCAAUUGGGAACAAGCCGACUUACCCACAGACUCACCCCUCACCCACUAACUCACCCCCAGUCUACGGCUGCGCAGACGCACAUAUCCCUGCUUCACGACGUCGUUGA